CUAACACUGUAAACAUUGUUGAUCGAAUCAAAAGUAAAAGAAAAGAAAAAUGUUAGACAGGAGAAAAGUUGUACCGUUAAUGCUGUUGUCGUUGCACUUGCUUUCGCCUGUCGAGCCGAAUUGCCCGUCAGUUUGCAAUUGUACAUCAAUUUCAGUUAGUUGCAUUAAUGGAAAUUUAGAAGCAAUUCCCGAUUUCGAUUCGCUCCUGACCGAACCUGUAACGAUCGAUCUGUCCGGUAACAGGAUUAGCAUCAUAGAUGCCGAAAAUUUCGAUUUUAACCAGAGCGCGAACGUGAAAGAGAUGUAUCUUAACAAUACAUAUCUCAUCGACAUCGAUGCCGGAGCUUUCAGCAAAUUGAUCAAUCUCCAGGAAUUGUAUUUAGGGUUCAAUUUGUUGAAUUACGUGCCUUCCGAUUUGAUACGAUAUUUGCCUAAUAUGAUUUUAUUGGAUUUAUCGGGCAACUACUUUGAAGGUAGUAUGCCAGUUUUGAAAUCGCAAAGUUUAGAAGUAUUUACAUUGCUUGACUGCAUGAUAACGAGAAUUGAAAAAAAAUCGUUGAUACAUCUUCCUAAUUUAAAAUUUUUAUCAUUGAUGCAAAAUAAUUUACAUUUUAUAGAUUCUUUCAAAUCAAUUCCUCAUUGGUUCAUGCUUAAAUUACCGUAUACUACUUGGACAUGCGACUGCCAAACUUUUGAAAGUUUCGAUUAUUUGUCGAGCCUAAACUACAUCGAUUCCUCCGGGCGAUAUGAGUGCCAUUUUCAAAAUAAUGCGGUUCAAAUUUUCAAUUCUCGAGACGUACGAACUCAAUUGUGCGGAAAGACACCCCGUGGACAAAAAGAAAUUCGUGUAACAAAGGAAAUUUUCAAAAAAUCACUUCCGGCUAUAUCGGUAAGCACUUUCCAGGCAAAUACUGAAGAUGACAACAAAUUAAUUGAGAAAAGAAAUAUGUCGAUAGGGGUAUCCAUCAAUUCUCUAAUGAAAGUAUUCUUCAUGUUUGUUAUGAUUGUAGUUUUAACAGUGUUUAUAAAGGGCACUUUCGCUUCCAAGAACAGAAAAUAUCUUAGAGAUACUGACAGUACCACACGUUUGGUAUAAAUAAAGACAUUCGCUGUUUACUUUUAUACCUUUUAUUUAUUGUUAGUGUCACGAAUGAAUUUUAACUGAUUGAAUGCUACUUUGCUUGUUAUACAUGUGUACUUGAUUAUUCUCAACAUUUUUUUAUACUCCCAUUUUUAAACUUUACUAAAUUUUAACAUUUUGUCAGUAUACAAGAGAAAAUGACCAAGUUCAUUUGAAUAAUUUUGAGUUACUAGUAUUUCAAUUUUUGCUUAUGAUUAUAAACUCAAUUAUGUAGUUUUUAAUAAGGAUUUUAAAUUAAAAAUUCCAGAAUUUUGUCACUUUUUCUUGUUU